AUGCCAGAAUCCAUACGAGCCCGAAGGACGGAUCCCCGGGGACCAUUGGUAGGUUUUUCCGGAAAACAUGCAUGGCCGUUGGGAGAAGUCGACCUAGACGUGACCAUCACAGACGGGAUACACGAGCGAACGGAGACGUUGGAUCUCUCGAUAAUACGAUCUCCAUCCCCCUACAAUAUAAUUUUGGGAAGACCUGCGAUGCAAAGGAUGAAAAUGGUCCCCUCUGUCAUCCAUAGGGUCAUUAAAUUCCAAUCUGAAAUAGGGAUAAGAUCGAUCCACUCCUCUUACGAGCCAACAAAACAAAUCAAUGAUGUGAAAAGGGUAGAUGACGACGUCCCACCUACCCCCAUGAAAACGAAAGAAGAAGAGGACGCAACAAAGUUGGUAAUUAAUCCAAACUUUCCUGAACAAACGAUCUCCAUAGGUGCCCAACUUUCAGAAGGGUGCAAGCACAAACUUAAAAAACUGUUACAGGCCAAUGUAGAUGUCUUUGCAUGGGACUAUUCAGAUAUGACGGGGGUUCCAAGGACCCUAACAUUGGAAGGAAAGCCCUUCGUCAUGGAGCAUCGUCUGAAGGAACACAAGCAUAUAGAGCCUGUUCACCAGAAGAAACGCAACCUUUCCGCUGAAAGAGAUGAGGCUGCUAGGAAGGAGGUAGAUGAACUACUUAAAGCUGGGAUAAUAAGGGAGUCCGUCUACCCUAUUUGGAUCGCUAACCAGGUAAUGGUCAAGAAAGGAGACGGAGGGUGGAGGAUGUGUGUUGACUUUACAAAUAUCAAUAAGGCAUGCCCAAAAGGUUGUUACCCCCUCCCGGAAAUCGACUGGAAAGUAGAAUCGUUAGCAGAGCAAAAGCUAAAGUGUUUUCUGGAUGCAUACAAAGGAUACCACCAAAUACAGAUGACGGAAGAAGAUGAAGACAAGACAACCUUUUACACCAGUAAGGGAACCUAUUGUUAUCGAAAGAUGCCCUUCGGCCUUAAGAACGCAGGAGCUACGUACCAAAGGUUAGUCGACAAGGCCUUCGCUACACAAAUAGGAAGGAAUCUAGAAGCAUACGUCGACGACAUGGUUAUCAAAAGCAGGGAUGAAGAAGGACUCAUUGAAGAUAUUCUGGAAACCUUCGGGAACCUCAGAAAAAUCAACAUGAAACUCAAUCCCAAAAAGUGUUCGUUCGGAGUGGAGGAAGAGGAGGCGGGGAGAGCUUUGGAACAGAUGAGAAAAUAUAUUGCAGACCUGCCAACGCUAACAGCCCCGAAGUCAAAAGAAAUACUCUACGUGUAUCUGGCCGCCUCACUUGAAUGCGUUAGCGCUGUGCUUAUGGCAGAAAGGGAUAAACAACAGAUACCCAUUUACUUCGUGAGUAGAGUCCUGCAAGGCGCAGAAGCCAACUAUCCCGAGUUAGAAAAGCUGACCUUAGCCCUUGUCCACGCGGCACGUAGGUUGCGAAGGUACUUUCAAGCGCAACCCAUCGUUGUAUUAUCUGAUAAGCCAAUAAGGCAGAUAUUGCUUAAGCCAGAAAAGUCAGGACGGGUGGCCAAGUGGGCCAUCGAAUAG